AUGAGGACUAUAAGGGAAAUUGGAGCGCAUAUGACUUACAACGUUGUAUUAGUCGGAAUUUUAAUCAUCUAUGGGUUAUUCGGCGCGUUCGUUUUAAGGAAAUUUGAGGCUACUGAACGUGUGUCAGUGUUAGACGGCCGGCAAGGAAUCUCUAGAGAUGAACUACUUGUGGACCUGUGGAGGGGAAAAGAUCUUGAUCUUGAGAGCUUAGCUGAUUCAUGGUUAUUUGCUUGCACAAUAUUUACUACCAUCGGUUAUGGCAAUUUUACCCCGAUGUCCAUCCCUGGUUGUAUUUUCUGUAUCCUGUAUGGAUUUGUUGGAAUACCUUUGUUCAAUGUAGUCGCCGUUAGUCUAGGAUCUCUAAUUACUGGCCUGAUUCAAUUUUUGCACUCCACUGUGAAGCGAAAGAAAAAAAUCGAGGCAGAAACACAUAGGAAAGACGACUCCAGCUCUGAACCGCUGACAAAUGAAACGGCUGGUACAUUGCUGUUCUCCUUGUGGGAGGAGUGUUCGUUGUUUGAAGCGUUCUAUUAUUGCUUUGUGACUUUGACAACGAUAGGGCAUAAUGAUUAUGUGCCGCAGAACAUGCACCACACGGUGUUCUUUGGGAUUAUCGUGGGUCUUGUAUCAGUUGCCAUGCUAUUUAGUACGAUGGAAGACGAGAUUGCUCAGUUAACAAAAUUACGCCAGUGGCGGGAAUAG